UUUGUGCAAUUUCCUGAACCAGGCUGUGAUGAUAUCAGUGGGCUCUCGAUCAUGAUGUAUAAGUUCUUCAGCACUUUGAAGGGCAGUUUAAAGUCUUUGAAGAGCGUAAGUUGGUAAGGGCACUAAAGGACUUUCUUCACCAGAAAAUUUCAAGUACAAGAAUUUCAAGAAUUUCGUUCAUCAUGUUUCUUCUUCCGGUGAUGCUGUUGCUUUUCUCUGGUGGUUCGGCUGAAGUUGUGAAUAAUUUUCUAAAUAAUUGUCCUCAAUAUUUCAUAAACAAUAUAACACCAACAAUACUAAGUGGAAAUCAGUACAAACAGAUCUGCCAGACUCUAGGUAACAUACAAUAUUAUGCCACACUUUAUGAUACCGACAACAAGAUCCCUGUGUAUUCUGCUUAUAACUUGGCAGCGAGGGUUCAGUGCAAAAGACUGAACAACUGGUUCAUUGAGCCUCAGCUUGACAACUAUCAAGGAAUAAACAUGGAUCUGAAGGGCAGGCGUGUUUUAAACAACCAAGCAUCCAAUGAAGACUAUCAGAACUCGGGCUAUGACAAAGGACACUUGGCUCCAGUCUAUCAUGCAGCUUCACAGGCUUGUGCUGAAGCCACAUUCACUCUUACUAAUGCUGCCCCUCAACUCGGAUCAUUCAACAAACAAUGGUACCGUAAGGUAGAAAAAAAUAUGGUGUCAACUGUAGGAAAACAUUGUAGACCAAAUACUGCUCACAUUGUUACAGGAGUUGUCCCAGGUAAUAUUAAAAUAAAAAAUAGAGUAAGAGUUCCUAGUCAUUUCUGGUCGGCAUACUGUUGCAAGAAUAAAUCAAACAAACUGAUCUCAGGGGGUGUCAUUGGAAGCAACUCUCAGGGCAGUAUUAUUGACCCAAAGACUGUGAAAAAUUUAGAGACUGAUUUGAAAAAUCUUUAUGCAGUUGGGUCUUUCUUUCUUUUUGACAAUAAUUGCGGACAUGCUACUUAUGUACCAGUGAAAUAGACUGUGAAAAAUGUUGUUUGCUUGGACAAAUUAAUUAAACUCAAACCAAUACAUUAAAUAUGUACAAUUAGAGACACAACAUACAGUAUGUGAAUGUGUGUGCAUAUGUAGUCAUAGUUGUGCUGCUUCAUUUCAUACAAUCUGUGUAAAUGUUAUAAUAACCCAUCUGAUAUAUUUAAAA